AUUUUCUGUUCCUCUCAUUACCUUCGCCAGUCACAUCACAGGCUACCACAGAACCUCGCAAUCACGUCGGGCUAGUCUCUCCGUCUGAAGUGUCACUAAAAUCAAAUUCGUUUUCCCACCCAUCGCUGGCCAGCCCGCGGUAAGCUCUGAAAGUUGUUGAAGGCUAUUAUGACACCCCCCCCAAAUAACCCAGCCCCACGAGCUCCAGCGGGCUUAAAUGGACCACCGCCGAUGAGGAUUCGUAGACCGAAAGUGGCGGACCCUCUCGUACGACCAAAACGAAGACCGAUGACAGGGCCGCCUGGUCCGACCUCUGCAAAUGGUGCUCACAAGCCCCUUCCUUCUAGACAAGCCCUGCCUAGCACAUUGUCGACGGCUAGACCCGAGAAACACACAAAUUCGAUUACCGGGAGUGAUUUUUCCACGAAUGGUUUCAGUGGGCAACGGCUGUCGGAAACAUUUGUUGAUUAUCCUAUUGUGACGACGAAACGAGCAAUACGAGAAGGCUUGAAACAUCACAUUGCACGAUUCUCAAGCAAGAAAUCAGUCGAUCCUCGGGACGAAGCACAAUUCACUCGACCUGUGAGGCUUCAGCGUCGAGACCCACGGACACGCUCGCAUGACACACACGCCGAGAAAGGCCUGGGAAACCAACGAACUGGUUCUGAGUCCGCUAACCAGGGUGAUGACGCUGAUCGGGAGGAGUUGGAGGCUAAGAAAGCAGCUCGAGAGAAAGAGCGUGCCGAUAACAUGGCGCAAAUCGCCCCCUCUAUGGGCUCAGCACCAAAAAGACCAAAUGCCCCGAAGCAAAAGACCCAACAGGUUUCUAGGACUGAUAUGACACCAGAGGAGAUUGCCAGAACACGCAUAAAAUAUGAAGAAGCAUUGCCGUGGCAUUUGGAAGACUUCGACAACAAGAACAUUUGGGUUGGGAAUUAUGAAGCUGCCCUUUCCGAAACACAUGCAGUAUUUGUCUUCGAGCAGACAGGGCAAAUGAGGAUGAUUCCAGUUGAGAAAUGGUAUCGCUUCAGUGCGAAGAAUCAAUUCAAGGCUCUGACUAUCGAGGAAGCAGAGAGAUUCAUGGCAAAGAAGGUGAAAGACCCAAGAUGGUUCAUGGAAAAACAACAAGAAUUGGCCCAGCAGAAGGAGCUAGAACAAUUCGCUAAACAGCAAAAAGUGUAUGCCGGAAAGCAAGGUACGCCAGGCGGCGCUGAAGGGUUGGAGGCUGAUGAUAUGGACUUCGAAGAAGAUCGCUUUGCGGAUGAUGAAGAACAUGAUGACCUUUUCAAUGAAGAUGAGGAAGCAAAGGCGGCUGAAAAAAGGAUCAAACAGGAUCAGCUAAAAGCGAAUGUCUUCAACCUCAAAGAAGAAAAGGAUUACGAAGAUGAAGAAUUAAGAGAGAAGAAGGAGAAGGAAGCGCGUCGAGUACUCGGAAAAAAAGUACGAAAGGCACUCCAGAAAAGAGAAAAGAACUAUGAUUACAGCAGUGGUUCGGACAUCAAUCCAUACUCCGAUGAAGAGAGCUCCGAUGAAAGCGAGGCAGAAAGGCUCAAGGAAGAGGAGCGCAAGGCCGAGGAGGAGAAAGACAAGAAGGAUCCCUCCUCCAAAGGCAACACUACACCGUCUGGCCGAACAAAGCACACCGAUUCUUUGAAGAAAGCAGCAUCUCGUAAGCGUCUCGGAUCUCCGUCAGAUGCGAGUGGCACCGACACUUCGCGCAAGAAGGGAAAGAGCAAAUAUUCUUCUACCCAGGCUUCACAAUCGACAUCUCUUCCCAUGUCUACAACCUCCUCGGCAGCACCUGUAAGCAAAAAGCGUGUUCGCCAUAUCCCGGUCGGCGGGGCAGGUUCUGCAAGCGAUAUGGAGGGUGGCGCAGGGUCUGGAGGUGAGAUAGGAGAAAGUGGAAAGAUCAAAAAAUUGAAGCUCAAUCCUCCUUCGAUGACCCCACAAAGUGGGACGCCGCAAGGUUCCAGGGCGGGCAGCCCGGUUCCCCUGAGUAACAAGGGUCUUUCUGGAAGCCGUGCGAGCAGUCCGGAGUCUCUAAGAGGCCCAACUCGCAUCUCCACACCAGGGCCAUCUAACAGCGCUCACAUGUUUCCUACACCGGCCGAGAUCCAUGCUGCUAUUCCACCUUCUGGAAUCCUAAGCAGUGAUCUGUUGAAAAUUUUCCGUCCUCGUAUUGGUGAAUCUAAGGAGAACCACAGGAGAUUCAUAGCGAUCGUCAAGGACGUCGGGGUCUAUGGAAAGGAGGACAGGCUGCUACGGCCCGGUAUGUUGAAGGAAUUGUAAUUCCGAAUCUCAGGCACCCAGAUUACUCGCCGAAAUAUACUUUGCGAAUAAUCUCAACCCGCAAUGGAUUUUACUGUAUUGCGCAAGGACUGAUAGCAUGAGGAAAGUUUUCUCUUUUUUGAGCGGAGUAAAGUAAAUGUUGAGCCACCUAGGAUGUGGAGGUGAUAUAGAGUCAUUGGU